AUGAAAGCGAUUCGAUUUGACAAGCCUCGAUUGGCUUUGAUUGGAUGUUGUGCAAGAGUGACCAAGGGAAUGCCUCGCAUUGACGGCUUUAGGGCAUACUCCAUGGAGCAGGGCGUUGCGGUGCAUCCACGGCGGGAGCAGGUGAAUUUGACUUGCCGCUCCUUGCAUAGUGCGUUGGGCUCUCUCUUGGAGGAUCGUCAGUGUUUGUACCGGGAUGCGGUGCUGAGCGCAAAGCUUUCCCCCCAUCGUCAUGAACUAAAAAGCCUUUUACAAAGGGAUUCCAUGCCUGUUGCCGGAUCCGUGAAUGAAACAGAACUAACAAAGGCGAGGCUCUUGGAUUGGAGAGAGGAAUGGGUACGUGAAGGGGAUGGUGGCGAAGACUCCCUCCUAGCUUUUUACAACGCAUUCCUUUUAAGUUCUGCUAUCAGGUCGGAUGCCGAUGUACGUCUGGUGUUGGAUGUGAUGCGGGAUCAUGACCAUCUGGAGCCGAAUGCCGAUACCUACAUUGCAAUCAUGCUUUCACUUAUUGCGGGAAGUAAUCCGUCAAAUCGUACGGCGGCUGAUGUGGCUUUUUAUUACUUUGGUCAUGCCUUUAAGUCAAGGGGAGAAUCAUUUAUCACAGAUAAAAUGUGGGGGACUUUAUUUAUUGUCUGUGCCGUUUUGAAGGUUGCGGGGAAGAUCGUUGAUCAGUGGUGGGAUCUUUUUGUGAAAACUUGUGGGGAUGCAUCUGUUCCGCUUCCGUAUACCGCCGUGCAUGGAGCUCUUACAUGGUGUUCCGCGAAUCGCGAUGUGGAACGGGUCAUGCGUUUUUUCCACACCGCAAACAGUCGGGGUGUGGUUGUUGUUGCAGCGGAUGAUGAGUUAUCUUUGUUCAUUGGCAGUGGGGGUCUUACUGAACCAAGCAAGGACAAACGUGUGCAGAUGUGCCAGUUGAAACUGUUGGUGAAGCUGAUGGUUACAGUAAAGUCCAUUAGGAUGGAUGGUGGUGUUCGUGAACUCGUUGUAAAAGACAUUCGACGCCUCAUUGAAGCAGACCUGUUGAAAUUGGCGUCUUGGGGAGUCAUUAAUGAUCUUCUUAGUGGUCUCUCCAUGCCGAGUGCCAUGCAGUUGUUGAAGUUUCGUUCCAUGGACCAUCCAGAAGGAGAUGGAGCCAUUCCAUUCGCAUUAUGGGCCUCACUCUUGCGACGUUGUGCCAGGGAUCAUCACAUUGACCAGGCAGAGUCGGUUUUUCUUUUCAUUCGCAAGCGGUUUGAACUAACGGGCGAACAGAAGGCGGAGUUGGUGGAAAUUAUGAUGCGUAUGUUUGCAACUUUGCCACAAGGGGAUUUUGCCUCUGCCAUGGCCCUCUUUUUGGAGCACGUCUUGCGUCACCCCAGUGGGGAACCUGCGGUGAGACCCAGCGCAACGAUGUACAACUUGUUGAUUCGUGCUGGAGACUCACGCAAUGCUGCCAUGAUGACAUUUCUUGAGGCAUGCGCUGCAGGAGUUGAAGUGAAUGAGGAAACAUUUGAGGCGGUCAUGGGUUGUCACCGCCACACCACUCUCGCAUCGCUCACUCGGAAAUUGCCCCAUGACUAUAGUGCUUCUAAACUUGAUGAGCAACUGCACAUUCCAAGGAAUGUCGAUGCUCAUUUGCGCCGGGAUGAGGCGAUGAAACUGCGUGGAAAACAGUUGGUUGACUCUACAGGUGAAGUAAACUGA